AUGGCGUCAAACGGCGCCGCCGAGGUCUUCACGCCCGACGAUGUCCUGGCUGCAAUGGUCACGAUGCGCGGCAGCGACGCCAGCAAGAAAACAGCCGCCAUGGACUACCUUGCGCGCUUCCAGAAAUCGGAGGGCGCAUGGUCUGUCACCGUCACAGUCCUGCAGUCGUCCGUCGAGGCCGAGGCCAUGCUGUUUGCCGCAACAACACUGAAGGGCAAGAUCACAUUUGACCUCGCCACCCAGGUCCAACCCGCCCAGCUGCCGGAGCUGCGCAACCAGAUACUGCUGCUGCUGAAGAAGUUUGCGUCCGGCCCGCGGCCCGUCCGUGUCCAGCUCUGUGUGUGUCUUGCCAUCCUUGCCAUCCAGAUGACCGACUGGAAGGACGUGUUGCCAACCGUCAUACGAGCGCUGGGCGACGACGUCGACAGCCAUGCCUGCAUCCUCGACUUUUUGCGCGUGCUGCCCGAGGAGGUCACCGAGGGCCGCAAGAUCACGUUGUCGGAAGAGGAGCUUGCCGACCGGACACGAGAGCUGCUGGGCGACAAUGCCGAGGAGGUCAUUGGCCUUUUGACGUCCUACUCACAAUCUCACUGUACGUACACGCGCGAGAUGCAGACUCUUCAGCUGAUGUACCAAGCACUAACAACUGCGUGUUUUCGCCCCGUAGUGGCUGCUUCAAACGGCCCCCUCUUACUUGAGUGUAUUACUUCGUGGCUACGCGAAGUCCCCGUCAGCAGCAUCGUCAACUCGCCCCUCCUGAACGUCGUCAUCUCGGCGAUCGGGAACGAGGCCACCAUCCAGGCUGCGACGGACUGUCUGGGCACCAUCUGCCGCGAGACGCGCGACGUUGAUGACAACCUCGACACCAUCCAAGCCCUCCUGCCCCGCAUCAUCGAGCUCAGGCCAAACAUUCGCAAGUAUGCAGAGGAGGAGGACGCCGAGAGCUUCAAGUCUCUCACACUUCUUUUCGCCGACGCAGGCGACUCGUGGGUCGUCGCCAUCGCCCGCGAGCCCGUCCACUUCCGCCCACUCAUCGAUGCUCUCCUCGAGUGCGCCGCCCUCGACAAGGACUGCGACGUCAUCAAGUACACGUUUGGUUUCUGGUACGAGCUGAAGCAGUACUUGGUCCUGGAGCGGUACAUCGAAUCGCGCUUGCAGCUUGUUGAUGUCUACGCGAAGCUCGUUGACAUCAUGCUCGUCCGACUGCAGUACCCGCGGCCUGACGAGGAGGAUGCCGCGGCUGUUGCGGCAGCCGACAGCAGUAGCGCUACCAACGCCACGCUCGACCUGUUCGACGGUGACCGCGAGCAAGAAGAGAAGUUCCGCGAGUUCCGCCACCACAUGGGCGACACGCUCAAGGACGCGUGCGAAGUCUUGGGCAUCACGGAGUGCCUGACGAAGGUGCUUGAUGCGAUUAAGUCGUGGAUGGCCAAGUACGCCGCGCUCGUCACCCCUACCUCGGUCCCCCAUUGGCAAGAGCUGGAGGCCCCUCUGUUUGCUAUGCGCGCCAUGGGCCGGAUGGUGGGCAAGAAGGAGGACACGAUCCUGCCUCAGCUGAUGCCGCUGCUUGUGCAGAUCCCGAACCACGAGAAGUUACGAUUUGCGACGAUUAUGGUCUUUGGCCGGUACACCGAGUGGACCGCCGAGCACCCCGAGGUCCUCGAGCCUCAGUUCAACUACAUUGUGUCGUCCUUCCAGACCGAGUCGAAGGAGAUCGUCCGCGCCGCUGCCCAGGCCAUCAAGUUCUUCUGUACCGACUGCCGGGAGUUGUUGAGUGGUCAAGUGAUUCAGAUGCAGCAGUUCUACGACCAGAUCCUCGACAAGCUGCCAGAGAUGAGCCAAGAGGAGAUUACGGAGGGUGUCGCCAGCGUUGUCGCUGUCCAGAAGCUGGAGGACAUCUACAAGCUGCUCAAGCUCUAUGUCGACCCUCUGAUCGAGCGCCUCAUGCGCAAGGCCAAUGCGGCCACCACCGAGGAGGGCAAGCUGGCCGUCGCCGACCACCUCCAGCUGAUUACGAUGUUUGUCCAGAUUGUCGUUCCCUACGUUCCCGAGGGGCAGGAAAACCCGGCCGUCAAGUACUGGCAAGAGGUGUUCCACGUGCUGUCGACCGUCCUGGAAAACUUUUUCCACUUCACCCCGAUCUGCGAGCGCGUGUGCCGCUGCUGGCGCUUCAUGGUGAUCUCGUACCGCACGGACAUGACGCCGCUGCUGGCGCCCAUGGCCAACAAGCUCGCCGAGGGCUUCACCGUCUCCAAGCAGGGCUGCUUCCUCUGGGUGACGGGUGCCAUCCUGCGCGAGUUUUCGGAAAACCGCGAGCACGUCGACGCCCAGAUCACAGAGAACAUUUACGUGUUUUUCGAGUCCCAGGCGACAAGCGUGCUGCGCUUCAUGUCGGACCUGCCGGCGGCUGAGCUGCCGGACGUCAUUGAGGACUUUUUCCGGCUGCUGGUCGACGCGCUGCUCUUCUACCCGCAGCGCUUAAUUCCCUCGCCACUCUUCACGCCCAUCUUCGAGGCCGCCAUCUCGGCGCUGGCGCUCGAACAGCGCGAGCCCCUGUCGGCCACGCUGCACUACCUGCGCGACCUGCUGACGUACGGCAGCACGAACCCGGCCUCUUCGACGCCCGACCUGCCCGCCGAUGGCUCCGCUAUGCGGCAACAGCUGCAAGUCAUUGUGCAGCAGUUGCUUGCGGUGCGCGGCGAGGUGUUGGUCAAGCAGGUGCUCGCGGGCAUGAUGAUUACGUUCCCACGGGACUGCUUUGCGGACGGCAGCGGCGUGUUGCUGUCCAUGUUUGAGCUGCUGCCGACAGAGACGACGGCGUGGGUCGAGCGGACGCUGCUGAUGCUGCCGGCGGGGACAGUGUCGCCGGUGGAGGUGCAGCGGCUCGUGAGCAAGAUCCAGGACCGGCUGCAGAGCCCAGCACAGGGCGGCCUGCGGCAGGUUAGAGCACUGCUGCAAGAUUUUACCAACUCGUACCGGCGGCGGUACGUGGCGCCACGCGAUGGUCUUGGCCAGCUGGAGGCAGCACGGUUCCGGUUUACGGGCUAG